AUCUUCGGCGGCGGCAACGAAGGCAUCGCCGAUGAGCUGCAUGUGUACAACACUGUAAUAAAAAUACUAACAGAGCGAUCCAACUCAAGGGAAGCUGGUGGAAAGGGUGCCAGCAGAAGAGGAGCUGGUGGGAAAGUCUGCAGCAUCCAAUAGCCAUUCAGGAGCCUCCGGGCUGACUGAACGUGGACUCAACCGGGAGCUGCACAUGGAGACUGGAAACUACAAACCAAUGGUUUCUUCCUGCCGUUAGAGGAGAUAUCCCACCAGGUUGUGCAGCCCAUGGAUUUGUCUGUGAUGGAACCAGAAUACUAGUAUUUGGAGGAAUGGUUGAAUAUGGAAGAUACAGUAAUGACUUAUAUGAAUUACAGGCAAGUCGAUGGCUGUGGAAAAAAAUGAGACCUCAGCACCCGUCAACAGGCUUGCCCCCUUGUCCUCGCCUAGGCCACAGCUUUUCUCUGUAUGGUAACAAAUGUUACUUGUUUGGUGGGUUGGCAAAUGAGAGUGAAGACUCAAACAAUAACAUUCCCAGAUAUUUGAAUGAUUUCUAUGAACUGGAGUUACAGCAUGGGUCAGGAGUCAUGGGAUGGAGCAUUCCAGUGACCAAAGGAGUGCUGCCUUCACCCCGAGAAUCUCACACAGCUGUUAUAUACUGUAGAAAAGACUCAGGAAAUCCAAAGAUGUUUAUUUUUGGAGGGAUGUCUGGCUGUCGACUUAAUGACUUUUGGGAGCUUGACAUAGAAACAAUGACUUGGUCGAAACCAGAAACUAAAGGGACAGUGCCACUUCCCCGUAGUCUCCAUACAGCCAAUGUAAUAGGAAACAAAAUGUACAUUUUUGGUGGAUGGGUUCCACAGAGCACAGAUGAUAAUCUGUCUUCUCAAGAUGGAGAAUGGAAAUGUACUGGCUCAUUUUCUUACCUAAACUUAGAUACCACAGAAUGGAUGAGUCUAAUCUCAGAUUGCCUAGAAGACAAAAAUAACUUGUUGCCAGGCCCAAGAGCUGGCCACUGUGCUGUCAUAGUUGGCACUCGCCUGUAUAUAUGGAGUGGCAGAGAUGGAUACCGAAAAGCUUGGAACAAUCAAGUUUGCUGCAAGGAUCUUUGGUAUCUAGAUACUGAGAAACCACCAGCUCCAUCACAGGUACAGCUGAUCAGAGCUACUACUAAUUCUUUCCAAGUUAAAUGGGAUGAAGUUCCUACCGUUGAAGGGUAUCUUCUUCAGUUAAAUUUGGACAUGCCAUCACCUGUUGCAGCUGAAAUACCUAUUAAUAUGGCACCUGAGGCACCAUCACCAACUGUGCAAGGAAUUAAGCUAGAUCUCCACAGCCAAACUCUCAGUAAAGCCCCAAACAAUGUGCAAAUUUCCAUUUCAGAAACUAAAGGGAAGGUCCCGGAACCUGAAAAUUCAGAGAAAAAUCAUUCCAUUUCCAAAGAGUCCGGUGCUCCUUCAUGUUUGUCUGCUAGCACUUUAGUUAAAGAGACUGCAGUUCCAUCAACAGGAGUCGCUUGUGUUAGUCCAAAUGAUUCAGUUGUACAAUUGCCUAAAACUUCUCCACCAAGGCAGAAUGCAAGAAUGAGAAAACAAGAACGAAGGUGGUAUGAUGUUGGCAUUUUUCAAAGCAACAGUGCUCUAGUGAAUCAGUUCUAUUUGUUGCCAGAAGAAAAGGCCAUCAUUUCCAGCACGGUAGAUAAUGCAGAUGUUCCAAAUGACAGUUUACUUAAGAAACAGGAUCUUGCUCCUGGCACUUUAUACAGGUUCAGGGUUGCUGCAAUUAAUGGCUGUGGCAUAGGGCCAUUCAGUAAAGUCAGCGAAUUUAAGACUUGCAUCCCAGGAUUUCCUGGAGCACCUUCCAUUGUCAAAAUUAGCAAGAGUGCAGAUUGUAUUCACCUUUCAUGGGAACCUCCUGUUUCGCCUUCAGGAAAUAUCUUGGAAUAUUCAGCCUACUUGGCUAUAAGAACCACCCAACUUAAUGAAAAUCCUCAUCAGCUUAUGUUUAUGAAAAUCUAUUGUGGCCUUAAGACCUCAUGCACAGUGACUGCUGCCCAGCUUGCAAAUGCCCACGUUGAUCACACAUCCAAACCUGCCAUCGUUUUUAGGAUCUCAGCAAAGAAUGAAAGGGGAUAUGGACCGGCCACUCAAGUUCGAUGGCUCCAAGAAACGAAAACAUCAAGUUCAAAAUAGAAACAGCAUAUUAUGUUGCAAGUUGUGAAAUAGCACCAGUGGUGUUUUGUAAAUCCUCCAAAUACUUCAUUUUACAGUAUCAACACUUUGCAGUCGUGCAGAACUGGACCUGUAGUGACUGCAUUUUUCAUACCACUUCUUCCAGUAUGGUCACUUUAGAGUCCCUAGCUGAUAUUCAGAGGGUUACAUAUGCAUCUAGAUUUUUGGUGAGUCUUCCUUCCAAUAGCUCCCAGCAAAUAGACCCCCAAUUGUGUUAGCUUCCAAGACACAGAAAAGGGCUGUAGCUCAGUGGUAGAACAUGUGCUUUGCACAUCGAAGGAUCCAGGUUCAGUCUCUGGCAUCUCGCAUAAAGCUGGGAAAGGCUCCCGUCUAAAAUCCUGGAGAGCCCCACUAGUCAGUGUGGACAUUAUUGAGCUAGAUGGACCAAUGGUCUGACUCUAUAAUGCAGCUUUUGUUCUAGACAUAGACGGUCAAUUUCACUUUAAAUUUUGCCGAGUUUAAAAAGCAAGCUUGUGAUUUGGCUUGACCAUUUUUAAAGAAGCCCAUCAGGAGGAAUAACGCAUAAACGUGUGUUGAUUUUCCUUUAAACAGUUUUUAAGACAAACUCAGGGUGCUUCCAGACAGGGAUUUAAUAUUGUAAAUGGGUUCUUCAGAAAUUGCAAAUGGGUUGUUUGGAACAGGCUUUUUUAAUUUGGAAUUUUCCGUGAAAAGGGUUAAUCGAGAAUAAAUUUUGGGGGGUUUAAUAUGGGCUGGCAGUUUGAUGCUAAUGAUGUUCUGUAGAUGCCACCCAAAACCUACAUGCACAAGGAUCCCACAAUAUCUGUCUGGAACCAUCCUCAGAGAAGUUUAAAAUAUAGUUCGGGGGUUCUGUUUGGGGAGCAGCUGAAAGAAAUGCUACCCCAAAAUGUAGGUUAUUUGCACAUCCCUGUGGAUUACGAUCCAUAGAACUAUUACAGAACAUGUUGUUCAAAGGCUGCAGUAAAUAUAUAGCAUUGGAGAGGUUGAAAGUGAACUAGUUGGUUUUCAAACAUUACUGUAGUUGCCUUGAUACAAUUAAUGUUGAUUUUCAUAAUUUUCACUUGUAAGUUUUUCAGAUGAAUGUGAACUGUCUCCCAUUUUUUUUCUGUCCCGUUUUAGUAACGGGUUGCUUUAAAUAUACUGUUUCCAAAUUACCCAUACAAGAAAACUUAAAAACAUGAGAAGAUUUUGUGUUCAAGUAAAAUAUGUAUCCAUAAGUCUGACAGGGUAUGCUGAAACUCUCCCAAAUUCUUGGAAUAGGUUUGUUGGUCUGAAAGUCAAGCAUGUGUGUCAUUUUCCCCAGGUUUUCAACUUUACUGGUGGAAAUGAUUUGUAGGGAAUGAAAACCAUUGUAUGGGAAGAGCUGAGCAUUGGUCUUUGCACUGAGGCAACAGAUCCUGUGCUCUGCUUCGCUGGUAUUCUUCUGCUCAAGCAGGGACUAAAAAUAAUCUUUAGUAAAGUGUUGUGUAGUUAAGAGAUGAAUGAUUUUCACAAGGAUGAACUGUUCUCAUUUGCCACUUUGAAUUUCAGGCUUCAUCUGUUAUGCCCACUUAUAUUCCUUUUUUGACUGUCUGUAUUACAUGGCAUGAUGCCCUCAUGCUUUUCAAUAGAGGCAAGGGUGAUAUGAUGCCAGAGGGCAGAAGUGAGUCUUCCAAUAAACUCUAACUAGCUGUCUAGACAUAGUGACAUCACAUUAACAGGUGCAACCCUGAAGACUUGCAAGCUAAUUCAAAAUAUGUAGGUGAUCAUAUAUGAAGUUGCUCACCCCCAUCUUUCUCUACAUGUAGAUGUUUUCUUUUGGCUUAUAUUCCAUAUUCAUCAUGUUGUUUCAGUACAAGGCAAAUUUUUAGUUUACAGUAACUUAAAAUGUAUAGAAUAUUUUAAUAUAUUCAUUUUUGUAAAAUUUUUCUAGUGUUUGUAAACACAUAUUCUAAUCUUUGAAAGUAUCCCCGAUGAUAUGCAAAUUACUAAACUAGUCACUUCUGUUACGAGAAGCAAUGUCAGUGUAAAUGCACUACUCUUAGUUUCUCGUGGGCGUAGAAAUGUUAAAUCUGUAGAUAUUUUGAAUGUUUACAAGAGUCUUUACAUAUUAAAGUCCUCCAUGGUAAAUGCUUCAUUUAAAAAAAGAAAGAAAACUGUAUGCUUUGUUUUGGAAUAUUCAUGCUAUUUUGCACUAAUAAGAAUUUAACUUUGUAACAUUUUUUGUUUCCAGAAACGUUAAAGUUAAAGCAAAUUUGCACAUAUUUGCAUGCUUCUGUGGCAUACAUUUUUCCCAUUAGUUUUCUUAAUAGCUUGUUUUUGCCUUAGUUUUAUAUCCUUAUAGUGUUUAGUAGUCAUUCUACCUUAAUCAUGUUAUCACUAAUGUGCCAGCCGCUUCAGGCUCCUUCACAUUUUUCCUACAAGUGAGUAGAGGGAAAAAACAAUAUGUGCACUGCAAAAUAGACACCAGGACAACGUUCACAUAUGGCAAUGUAUGUUUAUCCUACUCUUUUGUAGCAAAAGUGUUGCAUGUGAAGCGACUCUUAAUAGGAAUGUUAAUCUGUUCCUAAACACACAAGUGUACUAAAUAGAGGCAGUUGGAUGCCAUUUUAUAAAUAAACAGUUGUUUACCAAAUUAUAGCAUAAAAGAGGUGAAUUUUGCCAGUAUACUUGGUCAGCCUUCACCAACCUGGUGCCUCCGGUGCUGGCUGGGGCUGAUGGGAGCUGUAGUUCAAACCUGGAGGGUACCAGCUUGGCAAAGGUUGAAUUAGGUGAAUGUCACAUAAAGGCAAAUCCAACAUGAGCAUCUUUUUGUAAACAGCUAUGCUCUUUACAUUCGUUUGAAUUGGCCUUGUGCAGGUUCCUAUGGAUUUCAUCCAUUGGCAUUAAGAUUUAAUUUUGAAACCUGAUUUAAAUGCAUAUGUGCAAUAAAGUGAAUAUUUUGCACUUCAUUUUUUCCAUCAAUGCCUAAUAAAUUAAGAUGGGAACUACUUGAUCUACAAGAUCAGUUUUAAAAUGGACAGGGCAAUGCUAGUGCUUUACAAUCAUUCCUUGUUCACACUAACAUGACUUCUUUGAGGAAGGCCACUUGUAGUCAAUUUUGCAGAUAGGAAAACUGAAGCUGAGAGAAAGUGACUUACCCAAAGUCUGUGGGUUGUGUAAAACCCAGCUCAACUAGCUUCCGCACUGACUAAUAUGGUAAAGAAAAUAUUUAUGUGGUCAAAUGACCACCAGGAGAUUCAGUACAUCAGAACAAAACUUGUGGCCGUUCCAUUAACAGUGAAAUAUGGAUAUGCUGAUGCAGUUUAAGUAUUGCAGCACAAUCUAUAAUGCCAGCAAAAAACAAUGGCUAACAUAUUUUGUAGGUUUUCUUGAAAUAGUAAUAAGUAGCACUUUCUGUGGGCUACUCCCUAAAGAAUGGGGGGAUUACAUAAUUUAAGGUUUGUAUAUGAUAGUGAGAAAUGGCAAUAUUAGGCUUGAUGAAUUUUACAUAUCGAGCUGAAAAUGCCAUGACACCCAUAACUGCCAGUUAAAUGCUCUAUACAUCCAGUUCACCAAGGGAACUUCACAGUCACUUUUUCUGAGAUGAAUUUUCAUCAUUCUGUUGGAAAGGGGAUGUCAGUGUUGCAACUUUAUAAAAAUGUGUCUGCCAUGUGCAGGGUGAAACUAAUCAACGUUACUUCACUCACGUUAUGCACCCUUUCCCAAUUCAUAUAUUUAACACCCAUUCAGAAAGAGUGUGAAGCUGCUGUUAGAUUCUGAAUAUCCUUGGCCAUUAAAAUUACACAGGCUACAAUGAAUGCAGAAUAUCUUAAGUUGUUCUUGACUCGUACUGUGAAACAUAAAACUUCAAAAAAAUUACAGUCAUGGGGUUAUAUCCAAUGAAGUCACUCUACUUGUGGAACAUUGUCUACUCAGGCAGUAGAACAUCUUUCUGUCCCCCCAUGCACAUUCCUGCACCCCCAAAUCUGCUCUGGGGUUUUCCCCAAUACUCCAGAGCAGAUUUGGGGGUUGUGAGGGCACAUGGAGAAGUUCCAUUGUGUGAGGGGAAGUCAUUUUGUGAGCUCAGUGACUUUGCUGACUACCACCCACGGUUUUCAAAGCCAGAGGAAGGGCUUUGUGAUGACAUAUAUGUAGCUGUCAGGAACAUGCAGUUCUUCCCUGAGUUGUCAUAGACAAGCAACGUGCUUCCCGCCUCCUUAGUCACCACACACUACUUCCAACUCUGGAUUGGAUCCAGAGCUGCCAUAGGGUUGUAAAGAACCUUUUCAUAGUAAGGGGAGACUAAACAAUUGUGUAUUUUUAAAAAAAUGUUUUUGUUAGGGAGGCAUGCUGUUACAGAAUGUGAGAAUUCUUGUUGUGUGGCUACUUAGCUACUAAUAACCUUUGAUUGUAGAUACAUUACUUAACAAUAUGAUCUGUUGAGUACAUCUGUAUUUUUGCACUUUGAGUUCAUAUAUUUCUGCACUUGUUUUUAAGGGUAUGUCAUGACUACCAAAGGUAAAUUUGUGGCAGUGUUCAUCCAGACAUGAUUUUCAGUGUAAAGUGUGCUUACGCCAAUAGGCUAUUAUAUAAAUUUGUCACAUGUCUACAGCCUUCCCCUAUAUAACGUGAGAUUAGUAACAUGCUUAUCAGUUUUCUGUAGUCCCCCCUUUUACAUAGUAUAACUAUUUUUGUGGCCUGCUUCUGUCAAUAGCACUUAAAAUGUAUACAUCCCAUUUUAAAGUUUAUAUUUGAAGCCUAUUCUGUUUAAGCGUCAAUAUCUACUCAGUAUAUUUGGAUAUCUUUCCCAUCAGAAUUUCACUGAAAAGAUAAAUUAGGCUAUUUAAGAAACUGGUGGAUACUCUUUGUUUGCAAUUGUUAAAGUAUAUGUGUAACAUCCUGUAUAAAUCUGAAUCCAUCCUGUAGCAACUUCAAGGAAUAGUGGACUUGGUAUGAAAGUUAUAAGUAGAAAUGUCCAUGCUAUUUAUGACUUACUGCAUCGGUUUCACUUAAGAUGUUUUGUGACAAUGGAUAUCUAGCUUUGUGAACAAGAAACUGGCUGGAUUUGAAUGAUUAUAUCUUGUCUUAAUAAGCCACAAUAUGAACAAGACUUUUACCUGCACGUGUAGGCCCUUUGCUUCUUCCGUUGCAGCAUGGAGUGUCAAAACAGGAAGCUUCUUAUUAACCAUAGGUUCCUAUUUUGUCUGAUGCAGGAAACUAUGGUUACCAAUUUCAGGAGAAGUCAAAAUAUUAAACCACCAUUUGACAUUUGUUUAUUAUGGUUUAUUAUUCUAGUCGGUUCCAAAGCCAGUAACAAUAGCUUCCCAGUUUGAAUGGUAUGGGAAACCAUAGUUAAAUAGAGGCUUCGUUGCUCACACAGUGAAGGAAAGGGCUGUGUUCACUGGCAAAAGCCUCAAUUAUGUCUUAUUGAGGCAUGAUAUGAUUCUGUGAACGUAGCCAAUGUUAUAUAUGAUUUAUAGCAAUAUCUGACCAUAGUUUUGAAGUAGAACACAUCAGCAAGCCAUAGACUUUAACAAAAAUGAUACCAUAGUUAACUGGAAUGUUGGGGAUAUGGUUAAAGCCAGCUAGUUAUUGUCUAAUGACUGAAGUAGUGUCUACAAAGAAAUCCAAUAUUUUGUACAACAAAAGUAGCAUUCUUCUUUGUAAUAAUAAAGUGAA